AUAUAUAUAAAGACUAUCCGACAAGGAAGACCUAACUCGCACAUUAACUUAACAGACGAGAUGACUGCCGGCAAUGAGAUAGUACCAUUAGAGGAUAUUCCCAAUGACCAGGAUGGCACUGGCCACAGGGAUGGAAUGGCGGAUACAAUCGAUGACAACAGGGAUGGAAUGGCGGGUACAAUCGAUGACAACAGGAAUGGAAUGGAUGAAAUCGAUAUAAUUGUCAAACCUACUGCUAGGCCGACUACCUUGAAUAUGAAGAACAAUUCGGACGAAGUAGACUUCAGACGUUUUCAAGGUUUCGAUGAACCCGAUGCCCCAAACAACAACAGGUCUUCAAAAAAUGUUUUCACUGACAGACAAAACAUCGUUCGAGGACUCUGCGACGCAUCACUGAUGGCGGCAAACAUCUCCCAACUACGCGCGGUAUUGGACGGAGACCAUGGAAACAAAUUCUUCAUACCUCUAUUGAUCAUGAUCGGGUUGUCGCUUUUCUCGCAUAUAGUGUUUGGACUUCUUAUGAUUCAAAGAUGGCGAAAAGAAAGAAGAGCCGAAUUGGAACACCAAAGGGAUGUCGAAAAUGCAGCGGGCACGCCGGUGUCUAGGUCAAGUAAUCCACGAGGGGUCACGUGUCUUUGUGCGUGGUGCGAGUGUGUUGAGUGGUAUGACGAGGUCAGCAUGUUUUGUAUGUAUUUGGUAAUUAUUUUGAACGUUGCAAUCGCAGGACUAGGUUUGACAGACAACAACAAGUAAUUUUGGGAAAGCAACAACUUUUAUAUCACUGUAUUAUAUCAUUAUAUCGUAUCAUUAUGUCACAUCAAAAUGUUUUUUGCAACAUUCUGAUUUGUUUUCAAUAUUGAAUACAUUUAAUCUAUUUAGUGAAUUGUAUAAACCAAUUAUCGAAAACUUGUACUUGACGAAGACAAUCACAUCAAGAAGAAAAUGUUUGGUAGGCCAUGCAUCAUGUAAUGCACGCAAGCGAAAAGAGGACUAUGUAAUGGAACAUUAUUUUUAUAAAAUAGGUUUUUAAUCUUUUUUACUUGUGAAUUAUUGUUUGUCUUUUUUUUGUUGUAAAUUAUUGUAAAUUAUUGUUAAGUUUUCAAUGAAUACAAAUUAUAGAUAAAACUAUAGGUUUUUUUUAACAAGGAAGUUAAAAUGGCGAGCUGUAAGUCAAGGGAACACAACUUCUCCUAAUUGUCCAAUAAGUCAAAAGUGUCAACAUCCUGUUUUGUCUAAAAAAAAAACCAAAAAACCUUUUCGCCAUCAUGAUCACAUCGAGGGUAACUAUGUAACUGUAUAGAAAAUUUUAAUGCAACAGUUUAAACGAUUGAAAUAAGCACUGUACAGAAUUAAAAAGCUGUCAUUAAAAAAAAAAUAUUUACAUCCACCGAGUAUGAUUCUCUCUAUAGCUCAAUAGAAACAGCCAGACUGAAAUAUACACGCCCUGUUUAUCGAUUGGACGAAACCUUCAGUGACCAAAGAAAAACCACGGACUGCACGAAAUAAUCAUGAUGAUGUCAGACUCGAAUCCCAAAGGGACCAUUUGGCUAUUUCUUUUAUCACGUACUGAUGUACACUAUCAGUAAUUAAGUUUGAUUUUAAUGUAGGGUCACGCCCUUUUGAAAGGGGAGAUGAUUUAGAAUUAUUGAAAAUUUCUUGGUAUUUU